UCUCACGUUUUCCCUGCGCCGAGUUGUAGUGUGACACAAUAUUUUAAGAUAAUGGGGUACGCACUCAGCCGUAGGCCUACGGGGCUUAUAAUAUUCCUUGCGUUACAGCAGUUUACCGGAUUUCAGUCAUUGGAUGUGGUCCCACCAGUUGUCAAACCUCCAAACAAAGUGACAAAUAAUCAAAACCCGCCGGUUCUCAUAGUGCCGGGGAGUGCAGGAAACCAGCUCGAGGCCAAGAUUGACAAGCCAAGUCGUGUGCACUGGAUGUGCUACAAAAAGACAGAUGACUUUUUCACACUUUGGAUUGACCUGAAUAUGUUCAUGCCAAUAGGUUUUGACUGUUGGGUUGAUAAUAUAAGAAUUGUUUAUAAUAAAACAACUCGCAAGAUAUCAAAUCCUGCAGGGGUGACUGUGAGAGUGCCUGGGUUUGGACAGACAUAUGCUGUUGAGUUCUUGGACAAGAACAAGCUCUCUGGCUAUUUUCAUGAUAUGGUUACGCAUUUGAUCAACAUGGGAUAUGUCCGCGAUGAGACUGUCCGGGCAGCACCCUACGACUUCAGGCUAGCUCCAAACGAGCAAGAGGAAUACUUUGCACGAGUAAAGAAGCUGGUUGAGGAUAUGUAUGAGCAGUAUCAACAACCAAUUUACUUCCUAAGCCACAGUCUGGGAAGCAAUUUUGUUCUCUACUUCUUGAAUCAGCAGUCUCCGGCUUGGAAAGACCAUUUCAUCAAAGGCUUCAUUUCACUUGGAGCACCCUGGGGUGGAGCAAGUAAACUCCUCAGAGUGCUAGCAUCAGGUGAUAAUCUUGGCAUCCCAUUGGUCUCCAACAUCAAGAUCCGGAAACAGCAGCGGAUGACCUCGACAAACCCCUGGAUGCUUCCAUUUGAAGUAGCUUGGCCAGCAAACCAGACCUUUAUUUCUACACCAUCAUUCAACUACACCAACAAAGACUAUGAGCGCUUCUUUAAAGACAUCGACUUUGGGGAUGGCUGGUUCAUGUGGGAAGACACCAGAAACCUGACAGCAAGUCUGCCCCUUCCUGGUGUUGAGACAUACUGCUUCUAUGGUGUUGGAUUGCCCACACCGGUUACUUAUAUUUAUGAUGACCAUUUCCCAAAUGCAGACCCUAUAGACUAUGUGUAUGGUGAUGGGGAUGAUACUGCAAACAGUGUUAGCUUGGGUUUAUGCAAGCGCUGGAUAGGGAAGCAAGCACAGCCUGUCCAUGUGAAGGAGUUCAAGGCUUUGCCCCACUCAGAAAUAGUAUCAAAUAGUGAAGUGAUCCAAAUUGUCCAGAGUAUCCUGAAAGGUAUAUAUGUAGAAGAAAAUUCUACAUCCCAUAAGACUGAUUAACAUUCUAUUAACACUCCAAUCAUGCAUGAUCAGGCCCUGCCACACCAGUCUCUCAAGUCUCCACUGUAAGCAUUUUGGGAACAUAAUAAUUCACCCUCUCAUUGUAGGCCGGUUGUACCACUAAUGUGGAUGCAGUUGGCUCUCCAAAAACAAACUUAAUUGUGGGGUAACUUGGUGUAUAGUGCCAUCCUACUUUACCCUAUGUUUUUUAGAGUUAAUUAAAAACCUGAGAUGAAACAGUUGAAAGACUGAGUAGAGUAAGAGUAGUGUGAACCUGGGAAUGUUUUUGGAUAUAUUUUGGUUUCAUUUCUGGUUAUGGACAGGAAGUGUAUAUAUUUAUGCAUGCAUAAAAUACGAUUAAUCAGUAACAUGGUGACACAGCCGUUAUGCUGUGUAAGUCGACAUACGUGAUAAUGCUUAUUGCUUAAGGCUAAACUAGACCAGAGACCAUGACGUCUAUGACCCAUAAGUUGCAGUGUAAGAACUCACGCUGAUGCUACACCGGAAGCAGGGUCAUUUGUAACCACCAACAUACUCAGACGAGAUAGAUGCACCAAAGUAUAUUUAUAAUCCAGUUCACAUUCUGCGUAAUCCUAAAAUUACAUUGAAACAUUUAAAAUUUCAUAGACUGAAAGCUUUGUUAUUAUAUUUGAACAGCAGAUUUUACUUACCCCAGUAGAGGGGCGUGACCACUGUGAAAUGUCAGUGCAGUUGUUAUCAAUGCCCUAGCAACGGCCUCAUUAACUAAUUAUUUUACUAGUAUCUUAUUAGGCAAAUUUCUGGAAAGGGAUAUUAUAUUUUAAAUACAUGUAGUAAAGUAUUUAAAAUAUGGCAAAGCAUGUGUCCAAGUUAGUCUCAGAAGAUUAUGUAAGUUAUUUUACGUAAAUCUUUGACAAACAACUUAUGUAUCUUUAUUACUAUACAUUACAUUAAGCUAUAGUACAAACUGGGCGCUAGGGGCAGUGGCGAGAGCAUUUAGUGUUAAAAAAAUGAUUUUGUAAGGGCACCCUCAACCUUCCCUCCAAUGGUUGAAAGUUCAAAUCCAUUUAAAGUUGACUUUUUCUUCAUCACUACAACCCAAACCUUAACCACUGUAUUGUAAUGCUUAACCUUAACCCUAACCUAACCUUGUUUUGUUUUCUAACCUUCCCUAACCUAUCCUAGUACUCUGAUACCUAACAUUUAAUGUGUUAAUUGUGUCGUAUAUGUUUUGCAAAUUUGUAACAGCCUUUAUUCGCUUUAGUGCAUUUAUACACACCCAGAAUGUAUAGAUGAUGGGAUACGAGUAAUAACCAUAGAUCCUAUACAAUAUUUUACAGUAAUUAAUCUAAAACGUUAAUCUACACGUUCUCUGAUUAACAUGUUCAGUAUAUGCAUCUAUUGUAUAUGUAGAUGUAGGGAAAUUAGUGUUUUGGGAGAAUAGUGCUAUAGCUGUUCAACAUUAACAAUUUGGAGGUGGCUUGAUGUGGGGGGCUUGUUCGUUUCUGUACGGAUGGUUGAUUAAUGAAGGCCACAGCAUAGGGAAAGGAAUCAGGUGGACAAUUAAUAAGACUAUUAAAGUGAACACAUCCUAUUUGUUGUAUGCUCUCAUAGUCAAAUUAACUACAUAAACACUAGAUACUGUAUAUUAGACUAAUUUAACUUAGAAAAAUUUAUAUAUUUUCACCCCUUGUUAAGUUAUUUCGAAACCCGCUUGAUGUACUGUUCUCAAAAUAUGCCAAUAAACACUAUUGAUUUGAAGACCCCAAAACCAAAUUAGGAUUGUGUCGAGCUGAGAAACAAGGAAUUUCAGAUACGCGACUACCAUGGACUUGACAUGAGAAUCCAAGGUUCAGACUAUAGAC